AUGCUUCUUUUUAAGGAUCCCCAAUUUUUAUUAUCAAAAAAAUCAAUACGUUUGAAUAAUGUUGUAAAUAAUAAGAAAUCAUCGAUUAAUUUAUACAAUAAUAAGGAAUUUAAGAAAUAUGAUAGCAGAAAUUUUGUAACAUUCUUUUCACCUGUACAUUCUGCUUUGUCUGUUCUUACAUUAGUUGUAUAUAUAGUAUUACUAAAUAUAUUUUCACAGGAGUAUGCUAUAACUAAAGGAAGUCCAAUUAACAAUAGAUAUUUAAGGAACUUGGGAGAAAAAUCUGAAGAAGGUGGUAUAAAUUUUAUGGACCUACAUAAUACAUUUGCUCCCACAAAAACAUUUAUUUCGGGUAGCUAUAAUACUGAAGCUCCAGAAAGAAAAGAGAAUCCCAAAGUACCAUCCGGAUCUUUUUCUUAUAGAUCAGAAAAUAAACAAGAUAGUUUUGAAAAUGAAGGUUAUUAUAGAGCACCAUCAGGAUCACUUUUUAAUUCACCUGAGAAUUUCCAAGGAGGUUAUAAAAAUGAGGAGAAUCCUAGAGGACCAUCAGGAUCAAUUUUCAGUUCGCCUGAUAAUUUUCAAGGAUCUCUUAAAACUAAGGAAAAUUCUGGAGUACUAUCGGGACCAUUUUCUUAUACAUCUGAGAAUAUUCAAGGAGCUGGUAAAAUUGAGGAAGGUUCUAGAAUAUCAUCAGGAUCAUUUAUCAGUAGACCUGAAAAUAUUCAAGGAAUUGCUAAAAAUGAAGAAAGUUCUAGAAUACCAUCGGGAUCAUUUUUUAAUUCACCUCAAAAUUUUCAAGGAACUCUUAAAAAUGAAGAAAAUCCUAGAAUGCCAUCAGGAACAUUUUUCGACGGAAUUGAAAAUCUACAAAGAGUUCAUAAAACUGAGGAGAAUAAUAGAAUACCACCAAAAUCACUUUUUAAUACAUCUGAGAAUAUUCAAAGAAUUGGUAAAGAUGAUGAAAAUACUGGAGCAUCAUCAGGAUCACAUUUCAGUAGACCAGAAAAUUUUCAAGGAACUAGUAAAACUGAGAAAAAUUUUACAGUAGGUUCUGGAAUGACGUUUAAUAAUUUUACAAAUAUGAAGGGAGAUGUCAAUGGAAAUGAAAUGGGUCUUAGGAUGCAACAAGGAUUAUUUGAUAGUGGAAAUUUUAAUAAUCAAGGGUAUCAAAAAAGUGAUGUAAAUCUUAAAAUACCAAGUGGAACAUUUUUUAAUAAUCCUGAAAAUAUUAGAGGAACAGAAAAAAAAGAACAAGACCAUAAUAAACCAUACGGGUUAUUUAAUAAUGAUAAUUACAACUUCAGUGGAUCUAAAAUAACAGAAGAAAAUAAUAGAUAUACCUCAGGAUCAUUUUAUAAUGGAAAUAGUAAUUAUCAAACAUCCUAUAAAAAAGAAGAAAAUCCUCAAAUGCCAAAGGGUUCAUUUUUCAGUGAUCCUGAAAACUAUAGGGAAACAGAUAAGAAGAAUAAUAAUUUAAGAACCUCAUCGGUGUCAAAUUCAAAUCGAAAUGAAAAUUACUUAGGAGCUUCGGAUAGAAAAUAUUAUCCUCAUAUGCAAGAAGAACCAUUUCAUAAUGGUCAUGAUAAUUAUAGAGGAAAACCAAAACAAGAUGAAAAUUCUGGGAAACAAAGCAAUGUAUAUAAUAAUAAUUAUAAGACAGUUAAUGGAAUGAAUGUGACAGAAGAUUAUCCUAGAAAACCGACAGGAAGUUUUUAUGAUCCUGAAAAAUUUCAGGGACAAAGUGAAACCGAUAAUUAUUCUACAACAUCAUUAGGAUUAGGUUAUAAUGAUGCUCAAAAUUAUAAAGGAAAAAAUCGUGAUGAUUAUAAUUAUGAAGAACUAAAUGAAUGGGAUUAUAGAAAUUAUAAUAAUUAUGAUGGAAAUUAUGAAGUUUAUCAAGAUAGUGCUACAAUGGAGACCAAUUAUUAUGUACCAAAUGAUUAUAAAGGAAGGAAAAAGAGAAAUGAAGAUGAAGACUAUAUGAGAGAAUCUAUGUAUUAUGUUAAUAGUGAUUCUAGAGGAAAUAACCUGACGAAAGAAGAUGAGGAAUUGUUAAAAUCCUUUUAUAAUAAUUUUAACAGUAGUAGUAAUGAUUUCCGAAAAAGAGAAGAAAAAUUUAACAAAACACGAGACCAUUCAAAUAAUAGAUACAACACUCAACAAAAUUCUAAAGGUUCAAAUAUAUCUGAAGUACGUAAAAAGUUUUUUGAUCUAAAUCACGAAAUAACGGAAGAAGAUUUAACUGAAAUGGUUAGAUCUUUAGAUAAUAUUCCAUCUAUUAAUGAUAUUCUCCAUAUAUGGUGGCAAUUACGUGAAGUGGAAAGACAUAAAUUUGCUAUGAUGCAGUAUCGUUUAAUGAAAUACAUUGGUCAUUUAACAAAUACAUAUGAUUUACUUGAAGACUUUGCAAAAGAUCUGUGGGUUGCUUACAGCAAAUAUAUUGCUACUAAGUUAGAAAAGAAGGAGAAUUUUUAUAAUAAAGUUUUUUAUUCAUUUAUUAAAAGAGAGGCUGUUACAAAACAUGCUUUGGAAUGUUUUCUAAGCGAUUGUGUUAAAUCAUUUCAUCAAUAUAUGUUAUAUUUAAAUAAGAAAUGUCAAGAUAGAAUAGCUUGUGAUGUUAUUGAAAAAGAGAAUAUGAGAAGAGGAACUUUGGCUAUAACCAUGGGUGAAUAA